GCCUCUGAGCGUGGUGCCGAUCCAAAAGCUUGAGCCAGGUGCCGGUUCAAAGUCUAUUCUUUCUAUCUGGACCUAUGUCUCUAUGUUCUUUUUAGCUCGAGCGGACCCCCCUCCCCGCAUCCAGGAGAGAAGAUGGUUCCGAUCCUUGCGUAACCUGACCUUCUUUCAUUAGGGUGCCGUCCCUACGGAUCGCAUGCCAUCGAAUACGGCCGGCUUUGACUCCAUAGAUCUUCUUACCUUGUUCUCUUCCUGAUUGCCCUUUCUUGCCCCUGCCGCAAUUUCCCUGAUGCAGCAGUGGCAAUCAUCAGGUACGAUCAACCUCAUGUCGCGGCAUGGUAGACGUCGACAUUGACCCGCACCGACCUCGUCGCGUCCUCGCGGUCGCCAUCUUUUGCCUCUGCCUCACCUGGGUCGCGGUGCCGCUGCGCAUCUACUCGAGGCUCUUCCUGACACGGGUGUUCACUCUCGAUGACAAGCUCAUAUGCCUGGUCCAGAUCACAUUCACUGCGUACCUUCUUACGGAUAUCGCGGCAGUCUUCCACGGGUCUGGACAUGAUGCUGUAGAGUUUUCACCAGAGGACAGAAGGAUAGCUCUUCAGCUUUUCUUCGCCGGCGAACUCCUUUAUCUGAUAACUACUAUACUCUUGAAAGUCUGCGUUGGCCUACUAUUGCUAAGCAUUGCCAUUGUACCUUUACAUAUUUGGACACUUCGAAUACUCCUAUGUUCGACAUUCGUUUUCGGGUCCCUGUACUUCAUCCUGGUCAUAUUCCAGUGCAGACCGCUUCACGUAUUCUGGGACGUGGGCCCUCGGACACCAGGCAGCUGCUUCUCAGAUAGCGUCGUGCUUGGCUGCACAUACACCCUCGCGAUCCUGAACUGUCUCGCGGACUGGACUUUUGGCGCUCUGCCGUUGUUGAUUGUCUGGUCCCUGCAGAUGCGCCUAAAGACGAAACUACUAGUCAUUCUGCUGCUAGGCUUCGCGUCCAUAGCGAGCAUUGCUACCAUAGUGCGCGCAGUAGCUGUUCCAGGACUGCUCAAUCAGGAAAACUUUCUUCGCGACACAGCAUAUCUCGCCAUCUGGAGCAACAUCGAACCUGGUAUUGGCAUAGCGGCAGCCUGUGCACCGGCUUUAUCCCCGCUGGUUCGACAUAUU